GUCCAGAUGGACUUGCGCUGGUUAUUCCGAUUGAGGAACCUGACUUUACUUGGUCUUGCAGUGAACUGGGGGAAGCAGUUGGUACAUCCAAGACUAUAAUGUCGUCAUCUUGUUCAUUCCAUUCGCUCGCCAGACGUCUUGCCAGAGCCUCAUCGCUUUCGUAUGAAUCGUCGACCGAAAUAACGUCUCGCCUUGAUGAUCCAGAACCUUCCCCAUUGCUUGAGUCGUUCCAUUGCUGGUGUAGCUGUCUCGCAAGCUGUUCACUCUGCUCUUGCUCUUGUAUGCGAGCUAGUAUUGAAUCCAGUGGCUCUUCUUCCUCGUCUGCUGCUUGAUGGACGCGCUUAGCAGCCUUCUCAGGACCUGUGCAAUCCGAAAGACGUCUCUUCCGCGUCAUGCUCGAAUAAUAGUUGCGGAAUUUGUCUACAAAAGUGAAUCGUGUAGUCUACGCAGAGUAUAUGGAGCACAAAGCGAAGUAAAGAGUGUAUUAGGGUCCCAGAGGAUGGGAGUCAGUAGACAAGGAGGCGGCUGGAUGGACGACGGAAAUGGCAAACAAGGGCAACUAGCGGCUGACUCUCGACGCUGCGACGGGGGUUGGUCAGAUAACUCUGGUAGCGGUCAUUUAUCCUAUACUUUUCUUCUCUUGCGUUGCUAUCUGCUUGCUUUCUCUUUCUUUCUUCUUGCGGUAGCGACUUCCUUUCGCAGUGGUAAGUUGAACUACGGAUCAGAUUUCCACCGAUCUUCUCAACGGCUGCAUCCCAUUGACAGUAUUCACGAACUCUUCACGAUCAUAACACCAUUAUUGAACGAGCUUAGACCACGUCCAUGGAAUCUCACCACCAAGAUCCAGAGGAGCUCUACGUGAAGCAGGACAGAAUCGGGAAGGGGUCCUUUGGAGAGGUGUACAAAGGCUACGACAAGAGAACUCAAAAGACUGUUGCUAUCAAAAUCAUCGAUCUGGAGAGCGCAGAAGACGAAAUUGAGGAUAUCCAACAAGAGAUUCAAAUCCUUUCGCAACUUGACUCCCCUCAUGUCACGAAAUACCAUGGAUCCUUCCUCAAAGGGUCCCAUCUUUGGAUUGUUAUGGAGUACUGUUCGGGGGGUUCAUGCUCUGAUUUAAUGAAACCUGGCGUAUUCCGAGAAGAAUAUAUUGCUAUCAUCGUCAGGGAGUUACUCAGAGGUCUUGAAUAUCUUCACUCUGAAGGGAAACUACACCGGGACAUCAAAGCGGCCAACAUUCUUCUAUCCGCUAAUGGGGAUGUGAAAUUGGCGGAUUUCGGUGUAUCCGGUCAGUUGUCUGGAACUCUGUCCGCGAAGAAGAACACGUUCGUUGGUACACCCUACUGGAUGUCGCCGGAAGUCAUCAAGCAGAGUGGUUAUGACCACAAGGCUGACAUAUGGAGUCUUGGGAUCACCGCGAUUGAACUCGCGAAGGGUGAACCGCCGUACGCAGAGUUACAUCCUAUGAAGGUCCUAUUCCUCAUCCCGAAGAACCCACCACCUACUUUGGAGGGGCCUUUCUCCAAGGCCUUUCGUGACUUUGUCGCAUACUGCUUGCAGCGUGACCCCCGCGACCGCCCGUCGGCGAAAGAUCUUCUAAAGCAUAAGUUUGUUAGAAUGGCAAAGAAGACCAACUAUCUGACAGAGCUCAUUGAGCGACAUGAGCGGUGGAAGGCUGAAGGCGGAGAGAAGGUGGAAGAAGAAGAAAGACAGCAAGUUGAGGACCUCGCUGCGGCAGAUCCAGAGGACCUUUGGGACUUCGGCACAGUGCGCCAUGCCGCUACCGUUGGUCGCACUCAACACAACCCUGUGCAAGUCUCUGGACCUCCACUGACAUGGGAGAAUAACGGUACCAAUCGGUCUGGGAAUUCCUCUAGCUCAGGGUCAGGAUAUUCGCGAAAGGACAUCUCUGUUUCCAGCUCCAUCACUGCUAAAGGAGAACUUCCCCCUCUUCCUCCGUCUGCCCCUGCGACACCGAAGAAGUUCGAUCAGCAAGCCACGAUAAGGCACGGUGCUGUUGGCUUGUCCAGGGAACCAUCAGACGAGUAUGACGACGACUAUGAAGAUCAAAUUGCUGAUCUAAGAGGCCAGCAUGGCCCAGGUGACGAUGAGUUGCCGGACACUACUAUGCUAGAUUCAGUGGUACUUCCCGCGAUUGCCUCAUUAUUUCCUCGUGUUGCCACCCAAGAGGCUCGUGUGGCUCUCAGCGCUCUCCAACGUGCAUUCACUGAUGCUGAACGCAUCAUUCCCGGUGUGACCUUGGAGCUUAUCAAUGAGAUCGUUGACUCUGUAGAACACGUUGAAGACGACCGGUGAUUCUUUUUGUUCCCUCUCUCCAAUGCUUGGCUAUAUUGCCUUUAUAUACCAUCUUGACGAUUACCUCUCUGGUCCGGACUUACCAUCACUAUCUUUGCCUUGAUUCCCACUCCAGUCACUACUUGUACCUCUAGCGUCCUGUGCGCCCUCCAAAGCUGAUGUAGCAUGUAUCACCAUAUCUUUCUGUCUUGUUCUUUUCAUAGCAGUUCAUUCCCUAUCGUUGCAUAUACCAUACGGCUAUCGAAAUAAUACCAGUAGUAACGAGACUGAUAGAAUUGUGUCAUUAGGUAGCAAUGUCACUUGUAACGGUCCGUUUCUUCUUUCCGCCGCUCGAGACUGCUUUCGUCUUCUUCUUUGCCCUGGUAACCUUUAUUGGAGGCGGUGUACCUGUCCUUGAGAUCUCGUCUUCAACUUCGUAAGGCGGAAAACUUGAUAGUGGUGUCGAUGUGGCGACACCAUUCCCAAACGAUGGUGAUGAUUCCCUCGCUAUCGGUGGACUCGGUGUAGCACCUUCAGGCAUCUCUCCAACCUUAUCAAUGACAAAUGUCUGCCGGCUUCCUCCUGGGCUCGGGUUCUUGAGACUCAGAAGACGAGAGUCUGGCGCUG